AUGACCCCUACUCCUCCUUCAACGACGCCUUCGUCGGGCGGCGCCCAUUCCCCGACAGAGCAGUUCCGCGUUAUACGCAAGAGGAAUCGCAUUCCCGUGAGCUGCCAGAUGUGCCGGGCUAAGAAGAAAUGCGACCGGGCCCAUCCUUGCGGAAACUGUGUAAAGCGCGACGGUUCCUCCACGACCUCCUGCCAUUAUGCUGCGACAGCUCCACGAAAGAAGCCUCAGACCCAAGCAGCCGCCGGUCCAGGAGAUAUGCAGAACAGAAUCGAUCGCCUGGAAAAUCUUGUGCUAUCGUUGAUGCACGGCGGUGCGAACGUCGAGGUUCCAUCUUCCCGAACCGAGUCAACAGGUCAAAUAAGUCAAGAUUCGACUGCGGUCACGAAUAGGUCCCAGACAGAGGGCUCUUCUAUGUCGGCUUCGACGCGGACCGACCAGGGCGAUGAAGGCAGCGAUGUUGACGACAGGCUUGCUACCUCUCUCGGCGUCCUCAAGGUCGACUCCGAGAUGGGCAAGUCCAUGUACUUGGGCCAGGAGCACUGGCACUCGCUUCUCGCAGAUAUUGCCGAAGUUAAGAACUAUUUCGUGACUCACAAAAAGGAGCUGGAGAGGAGCUACAAACAGGUCAUUUCCUCCAAGCCCGCGCAUGCGCUUGAAGGUCCUGUGCUCCUACUAGGAACGCUGAGGACGUCCGAGGUUGAGUUGCGGGCAGAACUACCGCCGAAAACAACGAUUCUGGCUUUAUGCGAGCGCUUUUUCCAAUCUUCGGACGGUUGGAUAUGUAUUGUCCAUCGCCCAACUUUCUUGCGCCAGCUGCAUGCCCAUUGGCUAGAUCCCUCACAGACGCCACUGAUGUGGAUAGGUCUGCUUUACUCGAUUCUUUGCCAUGCUGCGAUAAGCUAUCACAAGGCCGGUGAUGAGCCGCCUGAUAUGAAAGGCCGUUCUCUCGACAUUGCCGCGGAAUAUCGCCUGCGAGCUUCUCAGUGUCUCGUUACGGCCGAUUAUACCAAAGCUGUAGAGUAUUCGAUCGAAACUCUGACACUUUACAUCUUUGGCGAGUACAGCUCGAGGUGGGACAUGGACAUGGCCUUGUGGCUUGUCCUAUCCCUAGCAACGAGGAUAGCAUUUAGGAUGGGAUAUCAUCGUGAUGGAAAAUGGUUCAAAUCCCUCACUCCGUAUCAGGCAGAAAUGAGAAGAAGAGUUUGGGCGAUGGUCCGGAUGGGCGAUGUGGUGUUCUCACAUCACCUUUCUCUUCCCCGCAUGAUAAACGAUUCAGACUGCGAUACUGAGUUGCCCAGAAACCUCCUCGAUGAAGACUUUGGUCCGGAGUCCACGGAACUACCUCCACCAAGGUCGGCGUUGGAACGAACACCGGUGGACUAUCUCAUCGCGAAAUCUAAACUUUGCAUCGAAUUUGGCAAAAUCCUGCGCGCAACUACAAACGUUGGUCGCCAGCUCACAUACGACGAAGUUUUGCAAUUUGACACGGAUCUCCGGGCUAUCCGGGCCCAGUUCCCGCCUCAUCUCAAGAUAUCCCCGCUAUAUGACAUCUCCGAACCACCACAGGACUACAUGACGCGAUUCCACCUCGACAUUUUGUACCAAAAGAUACUAACUGCUAUUGAAGCAUCUCUCGCGAUGCUCCACCAUCUCGAGUCUCUACACCGCGAAACGCAACCCGGCGGUCGAUUAGAAGACCUGAAAUGCCACGUUGCGUCUUUAGCCCUGAAGGACUUUAAUUAUCCGGCGGCUUUGGUCGCAGUAGAGCUGCGAUAUUCUAGUAGGGAGGCGCACGAGACUCCCAUCUCACCGUUCACUCAAACUGGUUACAUCUGCACACCGGAGCAGCAGCGUGAGAUGCUCAGGACGUUGGAGAUAACGAGGGAUAUCUGGCAAGGAAUGUCUCACAUGUCGGUUGACGCGUACAAGGCCGGGGCUGUCCUGAAAAUUCUGAUCGAGAGUGCGAAAAUGGCCCGACCUCGAGAACCCAGCCGGUCCGCAACGCCGGGAGCUGGUGUGCGGCUCACUGGUAUUAACUCCUUCGUCGAUUCGCAAGAUAUGAGACCGGAGCAGUCCGCCGCCUUGGGUUUGGGCAUGCUCGCUGGGUCGAUCUCUCCCUCGUCACCACCGAAUUUCGUUAGCCAGAGCCAGAACAAGCUGCCGCCCAUUUCCCAGAUGGACCUUCCCAUGUCCACGGGGGUUGCUGAGCCAGCUAUGCCUCCGGAAUUGCAAUUUGACACGUUUGGGGCGAACCGUCCGUCGUCACCACCCCUCUCCCUAUUCCCCCAGCUCGGAGGCAAUGGUGUCGACACGGGGGAGGUCGAUUGGGAUGCCUUCGAGAAUUACACGCAAACAAUGAUCUGGUCUGUUGAUCCGGCUUUCCACAUUUUUGGUACUGGAGAGGACGCCACGCAGCAGAACAACAGUGUAAAUGAUCCUUCGAAAUACCCAAAAUAA